AUGGACACAGGCUGUGAUUAUUUGACGGCUGGCACGCUGGCAGAGACACUCCCUGACCUCACAGGACCCAUAAUGACAGCAGCAGACACUCAGAGACGGGUCAGAGCCGCAGCUCCUUGCCGAACUGAUCCAGAGAGCUGCAGAGGUGCUAAAAGUCCCAAACUGACCUCAGCCUGUGAGUCGGACAGCCCACUGCCACCACAACAGCAAGGAUCAUCGCGGCCCUCAGCCAUCAAAUGGCACAGAGCAGCACGGAGAGGCCAGGCGGACGUCCCUCAAGUGGCCUUCACUGAGUUAUGCAUAGGCUCUAAAAGUAUGGAUAUGCAAAAGUCAUUUCUGAGUCCUGCAAUGCUUGAUUUGGUCACUGAUGUGGACUUCAUGGAGAUGAUGCCCAACACACCCGUUCUGGCCCCAAAGGAGACACACAGCACCGACUGCAAUGGACUGUACCAGGACUUGACAUCCAUCCACGCGCUCGACAUCUCGACAGCUCGGUCGAAUGACUUUUACGCGCUGUCGUCGAGCACCGCGUCUCCCGUGAACUCCAGCAGCGGGAAACCCAAACGCAAACGGGUGAUCAGCAGCGUCCAGCGCCAGGCCGCGAACAUCCGCGAGCGCAAACGGAUGUUCAGCCUCAACGACGCGUUCGACCUGCUGCGCAGAAAGGUUCCCACGUUCGCCUACGAGAAGAGACUGUCACGGAUAGAGACUCUGCGCCUGGCCAUCAUCUACAUCGCCUUCAUGACGGAUAUUCUCGAGAACAACUGA